UGUAUCAGUCUGGAAAGUUGUGAAUCUUUUUCAUAUAAAUUUAAGUACGAAAUAAAGAUACAUAGGAACCUUACUGUGACUAUUGGUCUUGCAUACUUUAUGACGAUAAUUUAGAAAAAGAUGUUUUGCUCUAAACUAUUUCAAACGAAUUCUAAUUCUGGCAACACUGUUUUCGAUGAACGAAAUGAUCAAACACGUGGAAAAUAUACUGUAGUUGAAAUGAAUGUUUAUCCGUUUUAGUGGGAACGACGUUAUUGUUCUUGUACACAUAUAAUAUAUAUAUAUAUAUCUGUUAUUUAUAUAAGAAGAUUCCGGUUUAAGAGAUUUCAAAUUAUAUUUUGAAAAAAAUAUGAUUCUGAAGAUGGAGAAUUUAGACGAUUUUCCGACUGAAAUUCAAAAUCAACUUGUUACUUUUCAUGGCAAUCUCGAAAAAAUGGGAGAUGUUUUACAGACUUUACUACAGUUUGAUUUCGAGGACGAAAGACUAACUCCAUUAGAGAAAGCAAGGUUACAUUUAACUUCAGCAUAUACAAUGAACUCAUUGUUUUGGAUGUAUUUGGUAUGUAAAGGAGAGAAUCCCAAAGAACAUCCAAUUAAAGCUGAAAUAGACAGAAUUAAAAUGUACAUGUUAAGAGCAAAAGAAAUUGCUGAUAAGGAAAAGGCUCCUAAAAUAGACAAAGAAGCUGCUAAAAGAUUUGUGAGAAGUUCUUUAUGGGAACCAGAUAGUGAUGUCAAAGAAGAAAAAGAAGGAAAUUCAAAAUCUUCUAAUUAAAGAAAAUUAUAAACAGUGAUAUAUUUAUUUAGAGAUGGAGUUCAUCUAUCUAACAGAAGAGUGAAGUUUAUAUGCUGUAAUUAUACAUUUUGAUAAAAAAAACUGUACAGUUAAAAUGAAAUUAGUUUAUAUGUGCAUAGUAUUAAUAUGAACUUUUUAAAUGUAUUUUUUUGUAAAAAAAAAAAGU